GGAGCAACUGGGGUCUGAAUUACAAGAAUAUCAAAAUGGCGAAUUAUCUUGCUGUUCCUCUAAAAAAUAGCUCCGAAGUGGAGCUGCAAAGACCUUUUCAGAACUUCAUUAAGAAUACUUAUUCAGAUGUGGAAUUGGAGGACGUUAAUUCCCAAAUUAAAGAAUUUUCAAAACAAAGGACCAACGCUGUGUGUAGGAAACUGGAUAAACAUGCAACUUCUCUGGAUACGCUGGCAAAGUAUUAUGACCAGCUUUGUGCAAUUGAUGCAAAACUUCCUAUCAUGCAGGGCCAGGUUACUGUGAAAUUUAGCUGGCAGGAUGCCUUUGACAAAGGAUCUAUCUUGAGUGGAGCUAGGAAACAAUCUGCACAUACUGCUGCCUUUGAGAAGAUGUGUGUUCUCUUCAAUAUUGCGGCAAUGAACAGCCAGGUCGGAGCUUUGCAGAGUGUAGAUGAUGAUGAUAGUAUCAAAAAGGCUGCAAAGCAUUUCUCGAGUGCAGCUGGUAUUUUCCAAUACAUCAAGAGUUCUGUGUACACUGCUGUUCAGACGGUUGAUACCUAUGACAUGCAAAGUGAAUGUCUUGGUGCCCUUAUCACUCUCAUGCUUGCCCAGGCUCAGGAGUGCUUUCUGAGGAAGGCUAGAAAUGAUAAGAUGAAGGACAUGACAGUUUCUAAGAUUGCACUGUCUGCUAGUGAGCUAUAUCAGGAGGCAGCCAAGAACCUUAGCAUGUCAUCAAAUAAGGGUAUCUUACCCAAGGAAUGGAUCCCUACUGCACUUGCUAAACAAUACUACACGCAUGCCAUCUCAGAGUACCAUCAGGCCCUGGUUUCGCGAACUUCCAAGUCUUUUGGUCAAGAAGUUGCACGGCUGAUGCAUGCAAGUGAUCUGUUGGCAGAAGUUGAAAGAAAAGGGGGCCAGUCCAUUGACACGAAGGACUUCGCUGCUAGAGUCAACCAAGAACUUAAAGCUGUCAAGAAGGACAAUGAUUUCAUCUAUCAUGAUGUCGUACCCUCUGUAGCUCAACUCAGUAAACCAGGCACAGCUCAGAUCGCCAAACCCACAGAAUUCUCCACACCAUUAUCUCCAGAAUCAACAGACCUGUUUACAUCACUGGUUCCAUUAAGUGUCCACAAUGCAACCAUUGCCUAUGAGAACCGUAAGGCAGAGGUUGUCAACAGAGAGAUUGGGAAGCUACGAGAGGCUACUCAACUCAUGAACGGUGUCCUAUCAUCCCUCAACCUACCUGCAUCCAUAGAGGACCUUAAAGGAGACUCGGUUCCUAGGUCAGUCUUAGAGAAGUCUCAAGCCGUCAAAGAGAAAGGAGGAAUACAGUACAUAGACAAACUAUUCAAUGAAUUACCAGAUCUCCUUCAGAGGAAUAGAGAGAUUUUGGAUGAGGCCAUCCGUCAACUCGAUGAUGAGGAACAAAGUGAUAGGCAGAUGAAGGAACGUUUCAAGGACAAAUGGAGCCGUGUUCCAUCUCCACAGCUAACAACAGCCCUGAGGGAAGAAUCUAAGAAGUAUAAAACCAUUCUGGACAAUGCCGUGCAGGCUGAUACUGUUGUCAAGGGAAAAUAUAACGAGAACAGACAGUUUAUUGUUAUACUAACAAAGAGUGAGGCUGAUAUAGCAGCUUCACUUCCAUCAGCCAGUGGGGCUGUUGCAGCCCAGGGGUCUCCUGCAGUACAGGAACUGAGACAGCUCAUGACAGCAGUGGAUGAAAUCAAGACUGUUAGAGAAGUCUUGGAGAAUGAGAUUAAGAGUGCCACCGUAGAUAUGCAAUCCAAGUUCCUGCAGGCACUAGCCUCAGAUGGUGUAAUCAAUGAAGAUGCAAUGUCCAAUGCUACUAUUGAUCAGAUAUAUAGCGGCCUCAUUCAACAGGUUCAGGAGAGUGUUCACAAACAAGAGACUGUUCUCAACAAUAUUCAGGAUGCUAACACUAGGUUUUGUUCAGCCAAGGAUAGCAAUACAGGUGCCCAGGAAAGAGAAGGGAUGAUGAAAAAGCUUGCCGUUGCUUAUGACAGCUACAUGGAGCUUACAUCAAAUCUUAUAGAAGGGACCAAGUUCUACAAUGACCUGACCCAAAUCCUGGUCAAAUUCCAGAGCAAGGUUAGUGAUCUGUGCUUUGCUCGUAAGACAGAAAAGGAGGAGUUAUUGAAGGAUCUUACCCAAUCUAUCGCCAACCAAUCUGCUACUUCUCCACCAGCAGCUCCAACACAUCACAACACAGGUCAAAGAGUCCCACCUGAGAGACCACCCCCUCCAAAUGUGAGCCGUGCACCUCCAUCAACAGCACCUCCAUCUCAGGCCCCAGCCCAGCAAGCAGCACCACCACCUCAACAACCACCAACAAUGGCUGCAGCAGCAUCUGCACCUCCACCCCAAGCGGUACCCGGUGGUUACCCCCAGCAGCCUGGCUCAGCACCCCAGUACCAACCCAUGCCAUCUUAUGCACCCUAUGGCGGUGCCCCCAUGCCCAUGCCCACCCCGAUGCCAGCCUACAAUCCAAGCACCUACCCCCAGCAAGGUUACCCACAGCAGGGGUAUGGGCAGCAGCAGCCCCCUUAUGGUGGGUACCAGCAGCCGCCUGCAUCAGGUUACCCUGGACAGGCACCACCCCAGCAAGGCUAUCCAGCACAGACACAAGGUUAUCCACAGCAGCCACCGCAGCAGUAUGGAUACAACCCCUACGGACAACAACCACCACGAUAAGUUUGGACCUUCUAAAUGUCAAAAGAAUAUUUCCAACCUCUUUUCUUUGUUUGACAUCAAAUUGCAAUAGCAUUUACAUAUUUAACCAAAAUAUCUAAAUGUACCUUUUAUUUGGAGUGAUGCCUCUUGUAUUUUUUAUAUUGUACUUUGAUGCUCAAAUGAAGCAUUAAGUUGUAAGGCCCUACAACAUGCCCCACCCCCUUAUGAAAUUCUUAGAUGCUUGCUUGAUAUGUUUACUAAAUAUAUUAGUACAUUUAUUUAAAAAUUAUACUUGGAUGUAGCUGUAUGUAGUCUUUCCAAUGUUCUGUUUACUUCAUUAAGUCAUUUGAGAAAGUCAACUAAUACUACUACUUUCAUACAUUAAUGCCAAAAAGAAUUCUAAUAGGAUAGUACUAAAUAUUGAACGUCAAAUAUAUUAGAUAAGCUUUUUUGCAUUUUCUACUGAGGGUUGUUAAGACUAAUAAAACGCAUACGUGUCAAGAGUACUUUGUGUACUGUUUAUCUUUAUCUACUUGCCGAUGAGAUGUUUAGUAAUUUACAGAUUUUUUUUCCUGAACCUAACUCACAAAUUUUCUAUUGUGCACGUCUUGGUAAAAAAACUAUGUCUACAAGCUUGAAAAUCAAUAUUUGAAAAGUAGGAGAAAAUAGAAUAAAAGUUUAGUCUGAAUGCAUACUUUGAUGUGAUGUAGAAAAUUGAGAUUUUACAUGUCAUUUGUCUGAAAAUUUUUGAUCAAUAAUAAUGGUUAGACCUGUAAAAUAGUGUAUUGGAAUAUAUAGGUAGAUAUAUAUGUAUAACUGAAACAUUUUAGAGCAAAUUUUAUAAAAAAAAACUACAAGAAUAAGGUCAUGAAUGCCAUUUGCUUUAAAUGUAGAGACUAUUUGUCAGCUUUAUGUUUGUAAGAUAUUAAAAUCAUUGCUGACUUGUUAUAAGCCUGUGUGUGCCUACUACUAUUUAAGAGAUUGCAGGUAUGAUAAUUGAAAGAACGCUUAUUCAUUGAUAAUCACCAUUAAAUUUCAAAUUACCUUUCUGAAAUUUAUGCAUUUAUCUUUGUAGCACCCACACUGCCCAUGUGAGGCCACCAUGCACUAUCUAGCCUAAUACAUUGAAUUAUAUUUUGAUAGAUAAAUGAAACAACCAUAUACAUUAUCUUUAUGAGUAUUUUAUGUAUUUACUUAUAAAUACUAAGCAUUAUGCAAUGUAGGGGAUUUAAAAGAUUUUAGGACAAUUGGGAGUCUAAUUUAUUUAUUUUCUGUCCCACAUCACAUAUUUCUUGUAUUGCUUUUCUUUGUUUUCCAUUUUUGCUUGUAUGGUUCGAAGAAGGAAUUAAAUCAUGGAAAACUUCAUUCCUAAUAACAUUUUCAGAAGAAUAAUAUGAAUUAAUAAAAUAUAUAUAUAAAAUUCAGCUUUUGAAGUGAUAUUGAUAAAUAUCCUCCAAAAGUCUGAUUAUGAUGUAAAUGUAGUGUACUACUGAUGCUCUUUGCAAUUGAGUUUUAUCACCUAUGACACAAUAUCACCAACACCAAUGAACUACCUUUAAGUUCUUUUUGAACUAUACAUUCAUGUUUAUAAGAUCACAUAAUCUCUUAAUUUUCUUUAAUCCUUCCAUUUUUUUAAAGUAUUUCAUUCAAUUUUGAGACACCCUUGUUAGGUAAGCCAGAAAAGUUUGUUGUGCAUAUUGUAUUUGUAUUGAGUGAGGAUGGAGGAGAUUGUGUGACAUUUGAUUUUAGUGUAAUGUGGGUUGGGAUUGAGAUGAGGUGAUUAUAUUAAUUAAAGAAUGAUUUAUAUUAAAAUAGUUUCUUAAGUCAUAGUUUUAAAAGAAAAAUUAGCAUUUUUUUAAUAUGACAUAGUUAAUUGGUAGUUAAUCACUGGAAAUGACAAGUUAUUACAUUAUAUGAUCAUUCCAUGGUUCUCUUAUUGUUGGUAUCAUUAUGAAGUGAAUAUAUUCAGUGUAUAUCUUGCAUUGUCCCUGAAUCCUCUUACGGAAUCUUAUAUCACAAGGGAGGUGGAAAAUAAUUGCUUGAGUAUGAGUCCAAAGAUUUUCAUUAAAGUCUGUUUUAUUUUGUUAGGAUUGAUAAGACUGUCAAAGCAAAGGCCUGUUUGUCAGGAAAAAGUGCAAACUGUUAAUUAUCAUUGUACUCCUAAAUCAUUUAAACAUAUGAAGACAUUAUACAUUCUCUGUUAUCCAUGUAGUAGACUGAAAAUGAAUUACUCUAUAUGUAGUUAUAUAACCAGUGAAUAUCAUUUUGAAAAUUAGUGUUUAGAUAUUAAAUGUCUCAAUUAAAUUUCUGGGCAUUUGUUUAUUCUCAUGAACAAUUUUAGAUUAAAUAGAUAGGCAGGAUGUGUGUGACAUAUUUAAUAUCUGUCAUGAAGAUUCAUUGGAUGAAUAUAGAAAUGAUGUUUGUAUCUUCAGGUUUGGCUUGGUUCAUGUCACAUUAUGGUAUGCAGUAAAGUAAGUGGAACAUCGUUUUAUGCUGCAGUUACACUAAUGAAACCAACCCAAAGGUAACCAAUUUGGAUGGUGUCAAGUAUUUUCACUGGGUGACCGACACUUUGUACAUGAUCAUUAUCUAAUUUGACUCGGUCAAAAAACGGACUUGCCCAUACUUUAUCGUUCACACCCCAAAUCUAUGAUAUUUUAACAUAUUUGAAGUUGAAGUUCUCUAGCCUCUCGUGUCUCAUGCUUGAGUUACAAGAGAAGGUGUGUCGGACAUACAUAGAUUAGAUUAUUGGUAAAUCUUGUUUUGGUUUUCUUGCUCCAAGUUACUGUUUCAGAACCAGACAGCAUUGAAUUAUAUAGCUCCUGUCUGGUGAGGCUAUUGUACAGUGCAUUCCAGAAAAAAAAUGAAACAAAGAAUUAUCAGUGUUUCUUCAUACAAUUGUAAUCAAUAAAUGUCACAUCAUUGUGCAGCUUAGAGUCUCUUCAUUCAUUUGAGGCAACUUAUGUGACAUUUAAUUUAUGCAAGAGUUGGAAAAAUCAAUUUGAAUAUAGAAAGCCCCUAACUGAAUUUUAAAGUGAAUACCCCAGGUCAUAAAAAAUUCAAUAUGUAAUAUUUGAUAAGAUACCUCGAUAUGUGAAAAUGACCUUAGAUUAUCGAAGUUGUAUUUCUUAACCUCAUGCUUAUAUUUGCUCACCAUUGCAUUUUGUCAACCAUCAGCCAUGUACAAAGUCUUUUGUUCACUAUGCAGUUGUUAUAGGAGCAACAUAUGAAAGCAAAGUAGCAGAACUUUGUUGAUACCAAUAACAUUUUGGUCUUCUUUCUUCAUUUGUUUUUAUUCAUUCAUGCAUUACAUGGGCAUCAUAUGAAUUGCGUCAAAUGAGAGUAGAGACACCGCACUGCCACCAAUGAAUGUGUCAUUCAGUUGUUAUAUUUGUGGUUAAAAGAAGAUAAUGCUCGGGGGGGGUUCCUUCUUAUUUUCCUUUUUUUCUGGAUUACUCUGUAUUGUCACAUGGUAGCAUAUCUGUUCUUUCUGGUGAUUGUCAAUGACAAAUCGCAAUGAGAUGGAACUUUUUACUUUGAAUAAAAUAAUCAUGAAUAUCUUUCUUUAUCUAUGUUGUUAAAGUCCAGUGGUAGCAUACUCCUUUCCUAUCAAUUUUGUGUGACGCUGCAAAAUGUAUCAUGUCCAGUUCUUGUCUAUGAUAUCAUAUGUGAUGACAGAUAUUAGAUCAGAUAUAUUUUGAUACUUUUGAUUUAAAUAAUCAUAGCCUGUAUGUAUGCAUAUGAAUGCAAUUCUAUGUCAUUUACUGUCUAUUGUAGAAUGAUUAUUCAAUCUCAUAAAAAUCAUUAAAAUAGUCUUUAUGUUCAAAACUC